GGAAGAAAAUGUAGACGACGGUGGAGAAAAUUGAAGAUGUGGAGGAGAACAGCAUCGGAGUCCAAAGAGGAAUGAUUGUCAUGAUCAGACGGUGCAGAACUUUUGUCUUGAGGAGCACCAACGUUGUUAUGGCUUCGCAAGAAAAGAGCCAUCUUGCCCUGUAGAGGAGCCGUGUCUUUCCACUCCAGAAGAACUUGAAGCCCCCCGAGGAGGAUGGAGAAGCUGUCAGGAAAGGACAAGGAGCUGAUACGGAGCAGCUGGGAGAGCCUGGGCAAGAACAAAGUUCCUCAUGGCGUCAUCAUGUUUUCCAGGCUUUUUGAGUUGGACCCAGCUCUUCUCAGUCUUUUCCACUACAACACAAACUGUGGCAACACACAAGACUGCCUCUCAAGCCCAGAGUUUCUGGAGCAUGUCACCAAGGUGAUGCUUGUGAUCGAUGCCGCCGUUAGCCACCUGGACGAUCUUCACUCGUUGGAGGAUUUUCUUCUCAACCUGGGGAGGAAGCAUCAGGCCGUAGGGGUCAACCCACAGUCAUUUGCUAUGGUGGGAGAUUCACUCCUGUACAUGCUCCAGUGCAAUUUGGGCCAGGCCUACACGGCGCCCAUGCGUCAAGCCUGGCUCAACAUGUACGGGAUCGUGGUGGCGGCCAUGAGCCAAGGAUGGUCCGAGAACGGCGAGGACAAGGCUGAUUGAGGCGCUGCCGCUGCCGCGAUACUGUUGCUGUUCUCUCACUCAUUGUGGUUGCCAUGGAAUAAGGUUGUGUAACUUGCAGCAUUGUGGCUUUUUUGUUUUUUUUUGCUGCUGUACAUUUGCUGUACGUUAGUGCGGCGUGCAAUGCAAAGGCCAAUGUUUGGUGUGGCCACACUUCACUGAACGCAGAGUUUAUUUUCUUUGCAGUGGUGUUUAGCAACCGGGGGUCAAAGCAAGCCACCCUUGGUUCUUUUGGACCUGAGCAUAGCAAAGAAAAAAACCCCAUGGAGGUUAACUUGUAUAUACUGCCUUUUAUUAUAUCUUCAAACGGUUGUGAAAUAUGUGAAGUAAUUUAAAAGCGUCGCGCAGCGCUGAAUAUCGUAUUUAUGGCUCACGCUGCUAAAAAUGGAUACGGGUCAGUGUGGCCCACACUGGCACUUCGGGGUCAAACUGUGACCAAAACGAAAUGUAAUCACUUGAGUCAUAAAAGUGUUUGUGUUUUGUGUAUGUUAUCAAACUUUUAAUGUAUUUCCGAAAGGCUUAAGAUAACAUUUUCCAAUAGCAGCAGCUACUGACAAGAACUGUUAUACAAUGAUAGCUUUCUACUGUAAUAUCUGACUGUUAUGGUGUGCCGGUGCACCUUAUUUUACAGAGUGUGUGACACUCCCCUCAGUGGAGGCCGUGCGUAUGUAUCCUAAUCGUCUUCAUCUGACUGUUAACAAACAAGACUGUUAUGUCAAGGUAAAGGGCACGAAGGAGGACUUCAUUUGUAGUACUUUAGUGUCAAUCACUGUUGUCACUUAGCUCAGCAUUGCUUAUUUAGUGUUUUUGUGGCAACAAAUCCAGGAAUCGGGAUGUGAACGGGACCACUAAACAACUGGAGGUCAAGAUUUGUUUUCAAUUUGAAAAAUGAACUAAUUUAUUGCUAAGGGAUUAUGCGUCCUAAGUGUGUAUAGUUUUGAGCAUCAUUGCGUUCAGUGCCACGUAUUUGAUAAUACCAUACAACUGUAAAUCCAAGUUGCUGAAAUGUGGUUAUUUAUGCUUUAUCCUGAGUUUACAUUUUAAAAAAUUAUUUUUAUAUUCUGAAAUGUAGGUAUAAAUUAACUCAAACCAUUGUUUUACAGUGCAUCCGCCUGCUAUUUUACCCUGUGGAUAUACAGAAAGUUCAAAGGGAAACUACAAAAUAAGAGUUAGGUAUGCGUAGACUCAUUCCGGUUACCUAAUUAGGUACAUGUGAGAAAUGUAAUACAAUAAAACAAUACAGGAUGA